AGUGAUGUCACCUGUACUUUGAUUGGUUAGUGUAUUCCGCCAUAUUGGGAAGGUGGAGAUAGAGUAAAGAGUAGUAGACUUCAAAUUUCGAUUAUUUACAAAUAUUUUAACCAUGUCGGAAGUCGAAGAUAAAAAGGAACGCGAGACACUAGUUCAAAAAGCUAAGUUAGCUGAACAAGCUGAAAGGUAUGAUGAUAUGGCCGAGGCCAUGAAAAAAGUGGUCGAAAAGUUUAGGAAGUUGAACAACGAGGAGAGGAAUCUACUUUCCGUUGCCUACAAAAAUGUUGUUGGUGCCCGGCGGUCAUCAUGGAGAGUAAUUUCAAGUAUAGAAUCUAAGACUGAUGGCACUGAAAAGAAACAGCAAUUGGCUAAAGAUUACAAAAACAAAGUAACAACCGAACUCCAAGAAAUUUGCAAAGACGUUCUGCAUCUGCUUGAUGAACAUUUAUUAAAAGAAGCUACAGAAGAUACAGAUAGUGGAAAUGAAAGCAAAGUGUUCUAUUUAAAAAUGAAGGGAGAUUAUUACCGAUAUCUGGCAGAGGUUACAGACGAGGAUGGGGCUGAGGGUAAACAAGAGGUUAUGGAAAAGUCCAACAAAGCUUAUAAAGAGGCCUAUGAACAAGCUUUAAAACAUAUGCCACCUACACAUCCUAUUAGAUUAGGCUUGGCUCUCAACUUCUCUGUAUUCUAUUAUGAAAUAAUGAAUAAACCUGAAGAAGCUUGUAAAUUAGCUAAAUCUGCUUUUGAUCAAGCUAUAACAGAAUUAGAUACAUUAAAUGAAGAUUCUUAUAAGGACAGUACAUUAAUAAUGCAAUUAUUGAGAGAUAAUUUAACGCUUUGGACAUCAGAUACACAAGCCGAUGCAGAUGAUGCUGAUCAGCAGGAAGCCAAUUGAUUAUAUCAUUAUCAUAACGUGUCAUUCACACAGAAACUUUGGUAUGACCUCAGAUCGUAUGUGUGUGAGAGAAUGCUGUUACCAAUAGUCUCAUAUACUUCAAUUCUGCCUGGUUUAUUUUUAGUAUCAUUUUGUCAAGUUCAUGUUGCCAUAGUUACUACAUAGAAGUCUUCACUAGUUAAUGUUUGGUCUUAAGGUUCGUUCAGGAUUUAAUAUUAGGUUCUUCUACUCAAUUGGAAAACAAAUAAAGACUUUAAAUUGACAGUUUAGCCAUUUCAAUUUUGUGAUAAUUUGUAACAGCAAGAGGUUGGUUUCUAUGGCAACGUAGAUUUUGUUCAUGCAAGAAUGAGUGAAGAUGGUUUUCAUUUUAAUGUAUCGCGUAAAGAAUUGAUAGAAAAGUAUUAUCUGAUAAGAAAUUAACCAUAGUUUAAUCAAAAAAGUGAUCAUAUAUUUCUUAUAUUCUGGUGAACUAGGAAAGCAUGUUAAGCUUGACGUUAUAUACUUUUACACUGUUAACUGUACUGUGUCGGUGACAGCAGGUGUUAUACCUGUGUUUUACUAUGUUUGUUGUUUUUGGUUUUUUUUCCUUUUUUUUUUUAUUUCUCUACUUGAUAUGCCCACUUCACUUCAUUUUAUUUUUUUUUGUUCUCAGGGUUAUGAGUUGUUCGUAUUGAAUUAACUGCAGAUAUUUUUUUCCCCAACAAGCUUAUUUGUGCUAUUUAAAAAAUUAUAUCUUUUUGUCUUUGCUCUGUGAGCAUUCUUGGAGGAGACUGGUGUUUAGAAAAAUAUGAAUAGGAGAUGCUCCAAUAUGCUCCAAUAUGCUCGGUGAAGAGAAUGAUAGAUCUGUUUUAACAAAAUGAACAUUUACACAUAUGUGCUUUAGCAAAUUUCUUCCAAGAUUAUUUUUACCCAUAGUGCACCAAAGUUUCUCUUUUCUUCGUCAAUCUUUAAGUGCUUUUGUCUGUUUUUUAUUACUGUAUUAUUCUCAAGUAGAAAGAAUUAUAGAUGUAUUUGUAGUUAUAUAAUAUUAUAAUUUCUUUAUUCUCCCAAUAAUUAGUCAAAUGGAAGCCAAAAAAUAUCUUGUGUUAUAAGCUGUUGCAAGGUCAGUAGGGAAAAAAUGGCUUGGACAGGGGUUCAAUUGGUUAAAAUGCAGUUGAAAUUUCUACCUAAGUUCAUUGUAAAUUUAUGUACAAUAAAAAUGUUUAUUAAUAUCUAACAUUUAAUGGAAUCAGUUCUUUAGAAAUUGACAGAAAACCAUUCUUGUUUGGACUAUUUGAUAAUGUUUAUAAGACUCAGAUUUUUUACUGGUUCUGUUGAAAAGUUUGUGAAUGUGAAACAAUAUAAACUAUUUUUGAACCCCUGAAGAGCUUCAUACUCUUGCCAGUCGAUCAAUCAGUUGCAUCCAACAAUCAACCAAAAUUUCAUUGGUUAACGAGUUGAAGGGAAGCAUUUUCCAUUGGUUAAAUGAGAUGACCUUUGACUUGUUUAAUAUCACAUGAUAACUGUUGUGUAGAAUUUGUCGUCAUGGUAAUAACUUAUUUCAUUUAAAUGAGUAGGGCUUUAUUAUGUUUAUCUGAUGCGUACAGAUGACUUAAUUAGUUGACUGGCGCAUUUUCAAUUAAAUUUUGUUAUUUUGCCUUCAAUUAAAAAGAAAAUUAACUGGCUCCAAGUAUUAUCUGUACUGUUUAAAAUGAACCAAAUUUUUUUCAGUUAUAUUUAUCUAUGUAUUUGGAACUAUAAAUUUUUAACCUUUUUGUCUUUGACUUUGUUCUCUUAUGGCUUGAAUCUAGGUAUGUCCACAUUUCUGUUGUGUCAAAAUGUGUCAAAAUUCAAUUUUAUUCAUUCUUUACUGAAAUGAACUACACUUGAGAUUCUGGCUGGGGAGGGGGGGAAAAAAUAAAAAUGGUGCUUUGAGGGAGGGGGUUUAUAAAAUUUUGCUCGUCUACAAAUGUUUUCUAAGAAAUGUGAGACAUAUUUAGACAAAAGUCAUUCUCUAUUUUAUGUAAUUCCCAAAGUUUUUACCAAGUUCUUUAGUUUGUAAGAGUUGUUUCUUUUUGAAAAGGUUACAAUUUAGAAAGUUGCUUUUGUAUGAAAUUUUGGGCCAGUUUAAAAGAUUAAAUAAAUUUAGUAUAAAGUUGUUCAAUUUAGGAACAUAGCUCUUACUGAACUUGGAAAAAACUGGGAAUAUUAAUGUUGAAGCCAUGAUAUUUGAAAUAUUUAUUAAAAACUACCGUGGACUCCGGGUUUUCACGCUUUUUUUGUGUUCUACACAUGGCCUGUAUGAUUUGGUUAUUAAGACAUCAUAAAUGAAUAAAUGUUUUGUCUACAUA